ACGUAGAAGAGGUUUUCGAUGGCUUUGUUUAUAGCUGGCCCAGGCUAGAAAUGUUGGCUAAAAGACGAAGCCUUCCAUUACUUUUCAGUAAAAAAUUGAAUAAUUUCAACAGCGAUAGCCACUUUUGUAGAGUAGAAUCAAUAAUAAUAUUUCAACAUUAAUUUUAAUAAUGUAUGCAACCACUGAUAGUCUGUUAAAACGGUUAAUUUUGGGAAGUUGACACAUCUACUCCUGAACGUAGCAUUUAUUCAAUUUAUCUAUUAUAUUUUCCUGGUUCUCUACUUAUGUUUCUACGCGGUGUUCACCUGUUUUUGGGUAGUUGUUUUUAUUCGUAGCAACUUCCCAGUUUUAAGAUAAAAGUCACAUCUUGGACGAGAGCAAGCCAAACUUUUCAUUUUUUUUUCUCUCGAGAACUUAGGAAAGGCUAGAGGUGGGAACUCCGGGAGGCAGAAAAAAAUGAAUUUAUGGUCACAGGUUGAAAAUUGCUAAUAUGUUGUUGGCGAUGAAGCUGUUUCAGAGUCCAGAUUCAGUGCUGAAAACAUUUGUUGUUACACUUCAAACCAUAACUUCCAGUUGUUUUUGUGUUGAAUGGAAGAUACGUUGGUGGAGGUAGUUUAUCAAGAACUCGUGACUUUUUGAUAGCUAAGAACCUUAGGGCUUUAUAAAAGCACGUUGCCGAGGAAUCAUGGCCGUUAGUUACGUCAUUUUCUUAAAUCAGUUUGCUGAUUUUGCAAUUUUCACUCAAACAAAGAACAAGCUACCGCCUGUUGGUAAUUGACUUUGAUUAGCCAAGCAAUGUAUUAAAGCCAACUUAAAGAUGUCAUCAAAGUUAAAAAAACUUUUGAAGUCUAAACGAUACAGUGUUUCCAAAAAAAAUUGGUUAGAUGCCACGAAGUAUGUGGCAAAGCCUUAACCAUGUGUUGUAGGUUGAAAGUCCGAAGACUUUUCUCGUCCUUAUCGAGGGAGAUGCUAACCUUCUCUCGGCUCAUACAACACGACAUCAAACUUGAACUUUAUUUUUCAUAUAUAUGACAGAGCUUGUUUCACUUUACACUUGUGGUACAAUAUUUUCAAUCUAGCUCUAUUGCGUUCUUGUUUCCGGAUAGUUUUAACCAAAUAUGCUAUGCUAGCUAUUAUGUGUCAAGUUUGCGAUAAAAAUUUUGAUCGUUUGAUUUGUAACUUUCGAUUCCGUCGUAAAUGUCUGCGCCCAUCGACUGCGCAUGCGCAAUAAACCACGCGCUGCUUUUUUGAAGAAAAAGAGAGGGACAAACGUUUUACAAUUAAUCGUUUAAUCGUCUAGUAUCGCUGUUCUAGAAACAAUACUAGUUAGCCGAGCUGUAAAUUAUAUCAAGUGAAAUAAAAUCAGACACCAAAGAAUAUAGCAACCAGACUGACGAUUAGCUUAAAUUUUUUAUCAACAAAAGUUCUUAAGGAAACUUUCUUUGUUUUUUACUGUUACUAUUAUUAGUUUUUUUUCAAAUCUCGGACCAGAACUUCCAAGGCAUUAUAUUUCUCUCGCAGGUUGAUAGCCAUUUUUGUCAACAGCACUAGAACUUGUAAAACCUUGCGUAGUUGUCUUUUACCUGCAACGGCACCUGUUGAAACCAGUGUAGCGAUUUCUGCCGACUAUAAGAUGAUGUCGAAUUCUCUUAUUGAAAUGUAACUUCUCCUAGAAUCAUUGUUUCAAGCCAAGCGGGCAGGCGACAAGAUGACCUGUAGCUCUGAAAGGGUGUUAUGAUCUAGACAUAAAUUCUUAUAACUAACUGUCACUGUCAAUGCGUGAAAAUAGUUUAGAGGAACUUAUCGACAGAUGUGGAAUAUUUAAAGAGGUCACCGAUGAGCCUGAAGCAUCUUGUAAUCAUAAAGGCAUCUUUUGGCCGUCAGCACUGAAAUUACCGAUUGGAUCUGACAAAUAACAAGAUUCGCCGCUUUUAACAUGGCUCUCUGGUUUCCGAGAACAAAAUUACAACCAUCCUCAAGCCUUCAGAAAUUUACGGUAGCUCGUUAAUGUUGCCUAGUGUCAUCUGCCGAACGUUAGCUUCAUUUUAUUGUUUAUGAGAAAUGGGCUGUCUUCGGCAAUUCUCUCGACGAAAAUGCAUCUCCAUCCAGAGUUUAGUUGAGACUAAAUUAUCCCGGUGUCUUUCACUCCUCGAUUUAACAGCCCUCGGAGUCGGUUGUACCCUUGGCGCCGGCGUCUAUGUGAUCGCUUGUGAAAUCGCUCGCGAUGUGGCAGGCCCAGCAACAGUUAUCUCAUUUCUAAUCGCUGGUAUUGCCUCAGUCUUGUCCGGACUUUGCUACGCUGAAUUUGGAGCCCGAGUCCCAAAAGCUGGAUCAGCCUACAUCUAUAGCUAUGUGACUGUCGGCGAGCUAGUGGCGUUUAUAAUUGGUUGGAAUCUUGUUAUGGAGUACAUGAUCGGAGCUGCCGCCAUUGGUCGAGCGUGGAGUGCUUAUUUUGACUCCAUGUUACACGAUAAAGUUAGAGGUUGGACUCUUGAAAAUAUUGGACCAAUACGGAUUGAUGGACUCGGGGGUUACCCGGACUUUUUGGCAGUGGGGAUAAUUCUUAUUUUGAUGAUCAUUCAACUGUUUGGUGUCAAGAAAUCUACCACGUUUAUUUUCGGUGUGACUUGUGUGAACAUGGUUGUCAUUGUGUUCAUAAUCAUUAUGGGAAUUACCUUGGCCAGACCAGAAUACUGGUCAGACUUCAUGCCGUAUGGACCUACCGGGGUUUUAGCGGGUUCCGCCACCGCAUUUUUCGCUUUUGUUGGUUUUGAUGUCAUUGCGACUGCCGGCGAGGAAGCUAAGAACCCUAGCAGGACGAUCCCACUUUCAAUUUUAUUUGCGCUCACAGUUUGUUUUCUGGCAUAUUUUGGCGUUUCAGCUGCUGUUACCUUAAUCUGGCCUUAUGACAAGUUGGAUUAUGGAGCAGCCUUACCUAAAGCUUUCGAACACCGCGGAGCGAACUUUGCAAAGUACAUAAUCGCGGCUGGCGCACUUUGCGGAAUGACAGCGGCCAUAAAUGGCGGACUUUUCCCGUUGCCUCGUUUGCUUUACGCCAUGGCUUCAGACGGCUUGAUUUUCAAGAGUUUCGCGUACGUGAGCAAAAGAACCGAGGUACCAUAUAUUGGUACACUUUUCUCGGGUAUUCUGGCAGGCAUUCUAGCAAUGGUCUUUGAACUGCAAGCCCUUGUGGAGAUGAUGUCGAUAGGGACGCUUCAAGCAUAUACCAUUGUCUCCACGUCUGUUCUAAUUCUCCGGUACCAGCCUGGAACAAUAGGUCUUGUCAAAUACAACGAAGAGGACCCUAAUUUGAGUCCCCAAUCGAAGGACCCUCUACCUGAACCAACCGACCGAUCCGGGACUAUUUCCAGAUGCACGAUAUGGUUCCUGUUCUUUUAUUUCUUCUGUCUUAGUGCGUUUUUGAUCAACGGGCUUAUUCCAAUGUAUCAAGGCCAGGCGUGGGCUGUUAUUCUAGCGACGUUUUUAGUCAUAAUUUUCGUAGCCGCCAUUGUUGCGUUGUGUAUGCAGCCAAAGAGUCUGACACCGCUGCCUUUCAAAGUUCCGCUCGUUCCUGGCCUGCCUCUCUGUUCAAUGUUUAUAAAUAUUUAUUUGAUGAUGGAACUCAAUCCGGCGACAUGGAUGCGUUUCGCGGUUUGGAUGGCGAUAGGCUUGUCUAUUUACAUUUUCUAUGGCCUUCGUCACAGCGUCGAGGGCCAGCGGCAAACAGAACAAGAGGGUUACGUCCCUUUAGAACAAAUCGAUGGAAAAGGAGAUCAAGAAAAGGGCAGCGAAACUCCAGAACCGAAGAAUUAAUUAAAGAAAUUAUAAAUGUAAUAGAGAUUAUAUCUAGAGAACGUAAGUUAAUUAAUUGUGAGCUCCAGUGACAAUAUUCUAAAGACUUAUUUCCGAAAAACUUAUUUAACUGUUUUUCUCUGAACUGACUUUUUGAAUUUUUGAACUUGAUCUCUUGCACAUGUUUACGUGAGACCACCGUAUUUGAAAGUUGCUCGUUAAAAACAUGGAAGUCGCGUAACUUUUGGCCCUCGUGCUUAAGUCUUUUGAGACCUUACCUGGAAAGGAACCAAAUUAACGGCAAUCACCGAGGACAACCUCAGAAGAGGUCUUCGGCGAUCGUUCUUCUGAGCCCAUUCAGGUCAUCCUCUCUCCAUGUUUGUCGGUUGACCGACAUAUAAAGCGUAUACCGAGACACAAUCUACAUUCUUUUUUUAACUGAUGUUCCUUGAAAGAACAGUAUGAUUUGCUUGCAUUUAGAAAAUUAUAAGAUGAGGGGAAGAUGAACGAAAGGGAAAGAAGAACGCCUACAAAACUGAAUAACGAGACUUUAAAGUGUUCCUUCCCAUCAUUCAUAGCGUUGUGACUAAGGAUAUGUCAAUAUGAGCUAACAUGACGAAACUAAACAUAAACAUCAUGAUAAACAUAGGAAACAUAGCCGAUAAAGUAGUAUACAUCGUUAUGUUAUUAUUAUAUUAAUGUGUAGAUGUUAAAAAAAGAAAUAGAUGUAAAUUAACAGAUCGUCAGUAUUGACUUGAGCUCAGUCAGACCAUAUCACUGUGCUACACUGUUAAGUUAGUAUCGAGGCUGAAUAAAAUACAAUCACUAACUAUA